CAUGACGUCACACCUGCGCUGUUCGCUUGCCCGGACAGAGACGUGGCAACGAACAAUUUCUAUCAAAUCUUGAAACGGUUGCCUUAAUAAUUGUGGUAUUUGUUGUGUGAAGUGCGUACGGUCAGCCCGGAUUACCGACCAGCUAUGGGACUCACGUUAUCAUCUUUGUUCUCACGUCUUUUCGGGAAGAAGCAAGUUCGUAUACUGAUGGUUGGCCUCGACGCGGCUGGAAAGACGACUAUCUUGUACAAGCUCAAGCUCGGUGAAAUAGUGACUACCAUUCCUACCAUCGGCUUCAAUGUUGAGACUGUUGAGUACAAGAACAUCUGCUUCACCGUGUGGGAUGUCGGAGGACAGGACAAGAUCCGGCCGCUGUGGAGACACUACUUCCAAAACACGCAGGGCCUCAUUUUUGUCGUUGACAGCAAUGACAGGGAACGAAUCAGUGAGGCACAAGAUGAACUGCAGAAGAUGCUCAGUGAAGAUGAAUUGCGAGAAGCUAUCCUACUGCUCUUUGCCAACAAGCAAGACCUGCCUAAUGCCAUGCCUGCAGCAGAACUCACUGAAAAACUGGGCCUGAACCAGCUGAGAAACCGAAGGUGGUACAUCCAGUCUACUUGUGCAACACAGGGACAAGGUCUGUAUGAAGGUCUCGACUGGCUCUCCAAUGAGCUCUCGAAAGCAAAGUAACUCCUGCUUCCCUUUCGGCAAGCAAGCAAGUGAGGGGCAGCGACCAUUUUCCUGAAGAGGAGGAGGAGAAACUAUUUGCAAGGGGGGGACAGCUGCCAUCAUGUGAAGUACAGAAGAAAGCUUCCACCGCACUCUCUCCUCGUGCUUUUGCAAGAGCCACCUGGAGAUGGCAAAUGCUUUGGAAGCUGUCAAGAGGCUGGUGUUCAGCCAGCUUUGUCAACCAGUGCUGCUUGUAAACACAUCUUAUUAUUUAAAUUUCAAACAAGCAGCACUGAUGAAAACUGUACUUGAAGACGUGCUGUUUUCAAAGCAUGGCACUUUUUUCUCUAUUUUCAUUGUGUGUGGGCAGUAAUAAAUUAUCACUCCUCUCUUUUUUAUUGUGCUAAGUUUUGAGAAAAUUGUUGGGUUUUUGUAGGGGCUGAUGUUCGAGACAGCUUGGGACCUUGCAAUGUUGAUGCUAAGCUGCUUUUCUUUUUAGCUGCUGCAUUUCCCACCAUGUAGCAAUGACCGUAAUGUGCGAUUUGCAACAUGUAUUUUUUGUACAACACAUGCGCACUGGGAGAAAACCAAAAAGUUAGUCAUGUUAAAUUCUAGUUUACACUUUCCAGGUGCUGUUUUUUGAUGGCGUUGAAGCUCCACCUAGAUUGUGCGUGUGACCUACUGUGUGUUCUUACUUGUACAUAUUUCUUGGUAGGGGAAAUUUUGUUUGUACUUGAUCUGUCGGGCAUUUAUGGGACCAACCUGACUUGACUGUUAGUAGGUAUCGGCAGAAUAAAUGUCUUGUCACGCAAGUUUCUGUGGCAUAUCAAACCUCGCAUGCCUGUAUAAGGAUUCAAAAUUUCAGGGAAGACAUGGUCAUCAAUUGUCUCCGAACUUCUGCCGCAUUGAAGAACUUUGACACUAAAAUUGUUCUUUUUGGCACCUGUGAUAACUGCACCUCUGUUCGUCUGGUUGAUUUCUGCUGUUUUUAAUUCCAUGGAGUCAUGUUGCCUAGGCCUGACAAGUCAUGUAAUAAAGUAUAGGAUGAAAUG